CCCAACAUGCCCCACGGGGGGAGGGGGACAUUAGGCUGCAGAAUUAACCCUUCCAACGGGGCCCUUCCACGGCCCCAGGCGGUCGCGCCCCCCAGCCUCCGCUCCACCAGGCGCCAUACCGGGGCCCCCUUAGUCGUCCCCCCGCGCCGCGCGCGCUCGGGGGCGGGGCUAGGCCCAGCCCCGACCCCGGAGCCCCCAGGUCAAUCCCGGAGAGGAGCGGUCGCUGCGCGGGGCGCGGCUCAGCCCCCGCGGGCCGGGCGGCGGGAGGGGGCCCGGCAGUUGACUCCGGUCCGCCUGGCCCUGCCCGGCUUGCCCCGGGGCCCACCUGACUGCGAUGGCGCCGCGUCCGCCAGGCCCGGCUCAUCACCGUGGCCGCCCCCGGCCGCUCCGGUGUCGCCCGCCUCCAGCUCCGACUCCGGCUCCGGCCCCAGCCCCCCCAGCGCCCGGCCCCGGCCCGGCCCCGCCGCCACCGCCGCCGCUGACAUCAUCGGCUCCCCCCGCCCCGGUCCUACCCCCACCUCCACCCCCGGAAACGGCCCCCCCCAGCGCCGCCGCCGCCACCGCCACCGCCAAGAGGAGGCCGGCGCAGCGCUGCUGACAGCGACACCAGGCUUCUGCGUGCGCGGCCUUGGCCUGCCGACCCUGCGCGACGAACCGCGCGCUGAGGGACAGCGGGCUGGCAGUCACCCCUACUUCAAUCUGCCUGACUUCACCCAGCCAUCACCGCCCUCCACUCCACCUAGCCUCUCCUCGAACCAGCGCUGCUGGCCCUCCGAUGCCACCAAGGGCCUGCUGGUGGCCCUGCUGGGUGGAGGCCUCCCAGCUGGCUUCGUAGGCCCCUUCUCCCGUAUGGCUUACCAGACUUCCCACUUGCCCUCAAUGGAGCUGCUCAUGUGUCGGUGCCUCUUGCAUCUCCCCUUUGCUCUGCUACUUAAGCUGCGAGGUGACCCACUGCUUGGACCUCCUGAUGUCCGAGGCUGGGCCUGCCUCCAUGCCGUGCUCAACGUUCUCAGCAUCGGAUGUGCCUACAGUGCAGUUCAACUGGUGCCGAUUGGCAAUGCUGCCACCAUUCGAAAAGGUUCUUCCACUGUGUGCUCUGCCCUCCUUGCCCUCUGCCUCAAAAGCCAGGGUCUCAGUGGCUAUGACUGGUGUGGCUUGUUGGGCAGCACCCUGGGACUGAUCAUCAUUGUGGGACCUGGACUAGGGACACUGCAUGAGGGCACCACAGGUCUCUACACGGUUCUGGGAUAUUUGUUGGCCUUCCUGGGAGGCUUGGCCUUAUCACUGGGACUUCUGGUCUACCGCUCCCUGCAGUCCUCCUCCUGCCUACUAACAGUGGCCUUUCUAUUCGGUGUGGUGGGGCUAAUGGCCUCUGUGCCAGGUCUCUUUGUACUGCAAACCCCUGUGCUACCCAAAGACCCUCUGAGUUGGAGCUGUGUGGUGGGAGUGGGGAUCCUUGCCUUAGUGUCCUUUGUGUGUGUAAGCUAUGCCGUCACCAGGACCCACCCUGCCCUGGUCUGUGCUGUCCUUCACUCUGAGGUAGUGGUGGCCCUGAUGCUGCAAUAUUAUGUGCUCUAUGAGACCGUGGCACCUUCUGACAUCAUGGGGGCAGGGGUUGUGUUGGGCAGCAUAGCCCUCAUCACUGCCCAGAACCUCAGCUGCGAGAGAGAGGGGCAAGUGGAGGACUGAGGCGCAAACUGAGCCUGGGGUUGGGGGUUGGGAGUUGGAGGGUGGGCAGGGGUAAAUAGGAGGAGAGACUGGAACACAAACGUGGGAGAAGCAGCACUUGGAAAAGAACUGGUGUGAGAGAGGGACAUUCCUUGGACCUGAGGAUGACUUGGGUGUUGAUGGAGUGGGACAACUGGAAGACCUGGAACACGCCUGGGGACUAAGGAAUCCGGCCUAAGCUAGGUCCUGGGAAUCAGGACAUAACCAAAGGGUAAGGUCUCAGAUCCAAGGGGCUGAGGCAGGCAGGCCAUGGGCCACAAGGAGGACUUCCCUUCGCAGCAGAGAGAAGAGCUUUGGAGUUGGAGAGUGUGCUAAUCCUGGGCAGCGUUCUGCAAAAGAGCCAAGCAGCUGCACUGGGAGAAGGGAGUGUGCCUUUUUCUCCUAGUGGAAGGUUUCCCUCUGGUCGUGCCCCCACCCCUUGGGAUGGUGACGUGACACUGACAUCAAACAAGAAACACUUUGAAUGUGGUUGUGCAGUUGGUGUCAUCUCUGCUUUGGAGAGCGGAAAUCCAAAGCACUCCUCUUAUUGGAGAAUUCCUUGAGGGGUUCCCCCCAUCUUAUUUCUGAAACAUUACACAAGGAGGAGGAUUUCCUAAUGUUUAGAUUCACUGACCCCAAACCCCCAGGACUUUCCUGUCCUGCCCCUGGCUAAUCUGCUUUUCCUGGAUUGUCCGGGUCCCGUGAUCUCUCUCGUGCAAAGCCCACUCUCCUUUCGGAGCAGGCCUCUGAGCUGAAGCUUUUUCCAGUGGCUCAGGCUGGAGACUCAGGACUAAAGUUCGGUACAGAAAGUCUCUAGAGGUCAGCAGAUGCCCACUCAUCCCUAGAGGCCAAAUAUCUGCCGCUUCCGGACAAAUGAUUAGACCCGCCAUCUUGACCUGCUCAUGCAUAUUCAACCAGAAACUGCAUAUUCAUGACCAAGGACGCCCCCCCCCCCCGCCACUAGAGUGGACUCAACCGGCCCCGCCUCCAUUACCGAUGCGCAGAACAGACCAUUUUCCACUGCGGGGGAUAUUAGUGACUUUGCUGAAGAUGAAACCGUACUCCAAUGCAAAAUAAAAGCGGCUUCAUUUUA